AUGGAUACGUUGAAUACGACAGUAAUCGGUACUCACGCCACAUUGUCGUUAAAUUCGUAUCACCGAUGGAAUGCACUCAGUCCGUCUUUGAUUUCAGAAAAUGAUGACGACAACAAUGAGAUGAAGGCAUGUGGUCCAAUGAAGAUUGAGCAUCCAUUUGAGAACGAUGAUCAGGCCUAUUUUUCUAAUAACUCUGCUGGUACGACUUCUGCUGAACAACUACAACGUCGUCAACCAUCGGGUUCAACUACAGUCGUUCCAACAAUACCAUUAGCAUCCUGUGCCACUGCUGCAGCAUCCCUGUCAUCUGCAUUCAACAAACGGCUUGUAUCAUCAAACAGAAAUGUGCUGCUAGCUAACGAGCGACAGUUUCAUCGUGGAUUGACGGAUAAUUCGAUCUCCAUUUCUUUGAUUAAAACUGAGCGAAAUUCGCAAUCAGGUGAGGAUUCAAACUGCUAUUCAACUGCAACACAGCCUUCCACAACAGCCCCAAUAGGAGCAACGACUGCUGAAUUACCAGGAGACCGCAGAGACGAUGAAAUAUCAGUACCAACCAGUUCCGUAACGAAUACGAACGAUGCUGCUCAAAUGGAUAUUUAUCGGGAUUUGAUACUGCGACAUCUCAUUCAGGACAUAAAUACAACAUGUACCAAACUUGGACUACCAACAGAUCCACAAGCGUGGAGUGCUGAGCAUAGUGCCCGCUGGAUGUCUGAAAUGUGCGUGCAAUUUCAACUUCCCCCACCUCGACAAUUAUAUAUGAACGGACGUACUCUGUUAUCAAUGACACAGGACGACUUUAUGGUUCGAGCACCAGAAGGUGGUGGUGAUACGCUACAUGCACAGUUACAAUUAUGGAAAACUGCAUAUGAUUCAUACAGCCAGCAAAAUAAUAAUAAUAACAACAACAACAAUAACAGCAUUAACAACAAUAGUAAUAGUAAUAAUAAUAACAAUAACAAUAGCGGCAACAAUCAAAACACCUCUCAAGCAACUCAAAACUGCAGUCGUUCCUCGCAAUACUGGAUAAAUCCAUCUCCAUUGGCGCUGAAUGUAACAGAACAAGGAGAACUGCUGACAUCAGCACAAGAUUAUUUGAAUAACUUCAAUCCAAGCAACACCGAAGCGGCCAUUAACAUGAAUUGUUAUCCUAAUAAUGCAUAUCAAAACGUAUCUCAAGAAGGAACACUUCUUGGUAAUGCCACUGUACAACAGCAAUACUAUGCUUCAGCUCAGGUUGCUGGAAUCGGAAUUUUACCGAGCCCAAGUGAUUCUGAAAUAUCCUCCAACGGCUCUUCAAUGAAUGAUGUAAAUACUAUUGAUGGAACUGUCAUUGAUGCUCGCCAAACAGGCACACCGCAAUUUCCACGGCAUUCUGGUACAGUGCAUCUUUGGCACUUUAUUCGCGAGUUGUUGGAUCAUCCUAAGCAAUAUAGCUCAUGUGUUAGAUGGGUUGAUAGGCAGGAAGGGACUUUCAAAAUAGAAUCAUCACAUCAUCUAGCUCGUUUUUGGGGUCAGCGCAAAAAUCGAGCUCAGAUGAAUUAUGAUAAAUUGUCACGAUCAUUGCGACAGUAUUACAAGAAAGGUAUUAUUCAGAAACCGGAGAAGAAGCAACGCCUUGUUUACAAGUUUCUUCCUCCAUAUAACUUGUAA